GACAACUUGCGUUCUCCACUAAUGUCUCAGAAAGUCUCUAGUCCUAGAAAAGACAAAUUUCCUAAAUCAUUCAUCGGACAGGUAGCACCAUGUUGUGUUGACAAAAAUAAUAAAAAGUCAAGCAAGCUGCAGACCGUAAAAACUUCAUAUGUGUUUGGAAACAACUCCUUAGCAGUGGAACAGUCGGAACAAGACAGCCCACAUCACCCUUCCAGCAGGAAACACGUGAAAAGCAUGGGAUCACUUGAAGACCUGCUCUGUGGCAAAUCAAGUAUCGUUCCAGAUGCCAAAGACUCUUCACUGGUACAAGACAAGAGACGUCUUCUUACUCCUGGCAAGCAAAGUAUAAAGGCAACACAACUGAAGCCACCUAAUGAUGUUCAAAUGCAGAGGAACACUUUAUCUUCAUCAUCAUCCUCACUUUCCAGUAUGAACUCCAGCUUGAAUUCAAGUCUGUCCGUCUCCCCUAAAAGAGGAAAAGUUAAAACAAAUAUUGUUGCGAAAACUUCGACAUGUGGCUCUGAGAUCUCUGGUACAACCAAGGUAGCUAUGGUUAGACCUAUGAGGGUGUCAUCUGUGCAGGCUUCCCAUUCAGAUGCAUCUGGGAAGCAGGAGAGAUCAACCUGUGCUAUGAAAGGAAACCCUUCCAUGAAUGCGGCCAAAUAUAAAGCUGCUUUUGAAUCCAAGACUUCAGGCACUGGGAUUCGAGGUGUGUCAUCAGAAAAUGGAGCGGUGAGAGUAUUACAGCCAAUUGUAUUCCUAUCGUGUGGCAAUGUUGGAAGUAAUGUUGCAGCCAGCCCACCUGUCAAACAACUGGAAGAACGGACUGUGUUAAAUUCCUGUUCUUCCAUAAGGUCUAUUCCAACUCCAGCCAAUAUAAAACGUUCUGGAUUGCCUACACCUGUUGGCCGUCGCAUGUCAGGAAUUCCAGCAAGGACACCCAAAACUGCACCUAGAUCAAUGUCGUCACCCAACCUUCUACCUGUUCGUCAAGUCUCUAGUGCUGUAUCCAAAAAAACGACAGCAGCUAGUUCUAAAAGGGCAAAAGAAAGCAGUGUGCAGACAGCCGAUAGCUCAUCAACUUCUUCCACUGAAGGAGACUCAUUUCCCCCUCAAGCUGUGUCUGUUGCACUUGAUUUUUCACCAGAGAAGGCCCCUUCAUGGAAUCAGGGCUUAACUGAAAAUAAAAAACUAGCUGAAGAAAUACAAGCUAAGGAGGGCUUAUUGAUAGACACUGGGAUAGACACAGCACCAGUUGAUCCCUCAGAUUGUGAAAAUAAGCCUCUCAUUGAUUUCUUUAACACCCCUGAAAUGAUUAAAGCCCUUCCACUGAAGCUGACAGAACAGCUAAUAGACCUGGGCUCUCCUCUUAUUUACCUCAGUCCUGAAGGAAAUAAAGAAAAUCUGGAUUCUCCUCUAUUGAAGUUCUGAUCUCCUAGACUCCAAAAUUCACCUCGAAACCUGAAAGAGUUUCACAUGUGUGUGUGUUUAGCUAUGGAAGUAUUUCACUGAGGUACUGGGUGUAACAUACUUGAAAACUUUUGAGAACUGUUUGCAGUUUAAACUAUGAAUAAAUGAUUGUGUGACUUGCUGCUGCUAGGGAAAAUAGGGUUUAAUGGCUAACUUUUUAAUUAGAUACUUUGAUUAUCACAGCCAAUGGCCUAUACUGUGUUUUUAAAAUAUGCUGUUAAUAUAUGACUUGUAAAACUAAGCGAACUGUUUUUGAAGUUAGUAAUAUCA